AUGUCAGUCGCACGCGAAAUCCAGACCGUUUGUUCAAUUAACUUGAGAUUUGAAGAAUUAAUAAUACAAGUUCUCGCUGAAAUGGAACCAUCUGCAGACAUUGAUUGUACAAAGUUUGAACUGAAGAUUCCUAAUCGACUAGAAUUCAUGCCUCCAACAGUCGAACUAUCUAAACUUGUGUAUGUCCGCUCUUGUUUAUUGCUGGGUCAGGACGUUUACUUUGAGAUCGGACGAAACGUCCAUAUAAGACCUCGUGAAAAAUAU